CAACGCCUCGCUUCGGCUGCUGCCAGAUAUCGGAUCCAAGCUCGACAGCCAACAGUAGUGUAUUUCUUCUUCGAUUCUCUUCUAGCGUGACGUUAAGCAUUGGAAUUAGCUUCCGUGUGGCCGUAAUCAAAGUGUACACUGUCAACAUGAAUAAGCUCGCCAGUGUGCUCGUGAUCGCCUUAAUCGCAACCGUAGUGGCAGAUAAGGACGCAACCGUGCUGCGACAGGACGCGGAAGUCAACCCGGACGGUACAUACCAGUAUGCGUACGAAACCUCCAAUGGCAUUGUGGCGGAAGAACAGGGUACACUGAAAAAUUUGGGAGAAGAGCAAGCUCAGGUGGCACAGGGACAGUACUCGUACACCGACCCGGAGGGUAAUCGCGUCUCGGUGCAGUACAUCGCCGACGAGAAUGGUUUCCAGCCACAGGGUGACCAUCUGCCGACCCCACCACCAAUCCCGGAGGCAAUUGAGCGCGCUCUCCGACUGCUGGCAAACCUGAGCCGGAACAAGCGUGGUUCCGUAUAGUAAAAGCAGCUAGCAAACACUGCCCCCUUUUACCAAAAUAAGUUAGUGAUACAGGUCCCGGGCACUUGGCAGCAACUAGUCAUGUUUCUGAAGCGUAAAGUGACAAAGGAAAUAAAAACCACCAUUCUUUUAAACUA